UUAGGCAGUAGGGAGUUUCUGCUGGGGUCUGGAUUGGAGAUACAACAGACCGGACCUCUUGUGUAUGAUUGGAGUCUAAAGGACGAGCAUUUUCCCCUUGCCUCAAAGAGUCUACAUGUCUAAUAUUUAGACAUGUUCAGCUUUGUGGAUAUUCGGUUAGCGCUGUUGCUUGCAGCAACAGUACUUUUGGCAAGAGGUCAAGGCGAGGACGACCAGGCAGUCGGCAGCUGUACGUUGGGCGGCCAAUUAUAUAGCGACAAAGAUGUAUGGAAACCAGAGCCCUGCCAAAUCUGCGUGUGCGACAACGGCAACGUCAUGUGCGACGAAGUGAUUUGCGAGGAUACAUCCGACUGUGCCAAUCCAGAAAUUCCCUUCGGAGAAUGCUGCCCAAUUUGCCCAGAUGGGGAAGAUACCCAGGAAACCAUACCGGGAGAAAAGGGCCCACAAGGUCCAAAGGGUGACGCGGGAUUCCCCGGCCCCCCAGGUAAUGAUGGCAUCCCUGGCCAGCCUGGCCUUCCUGGACCCCCUGGCCCCCCCGGACCCAAUGGCCUUGGCGGAAACUUUUCUCCUCAAAUGUCUCACGGUUAUGAAGAGAAAUCUGGCGGUGGAGGGAUGCCCGUCCCUGGCCCCAUGGGCCCAAUGGGUCCCCGUGGCCCCCCCGGACCUGCUGGUUCAAGCGGACCCCAAGGAUUCACUGGACCUCCUGGUGAGCCUGGUGAGGCUGGUUCUGCUGGUCCCAUGGGUCCCCGUGGUGCAGCUGGCCCCCCUGGAAAGAACGGAGAGGAUGGCGAGUCUGGCAAGCCUGGCCGCGGAGGUGAGCGUGGACCUGCUGGGCCUCAGGGCGCCCGUGGAUUCCCCGGAACCCCUGGACUUCCUGGGAUCAAGGGACACAGAGGAUACAGCGGUCUAGAUGGAAGCAAGGGAGACUCCGGACCUGCUGGACCCAAGGGAGAGGCUGGUGCCUCUGGUGAGAACGGAACCCCUGGCGCAAUGGGCCCACGUGGUCUGCCUGGCGAGAGAGGUCGCACUGGUGCUGCUGGUGCUGCUGGUGCCCGUGGUAACGAUGGAGGAGCUGGUGCUGCUGGUCCUCCUGGCCCUACUGGACCUGCUGGUCCUUCUGGAUUCCCUGGUGGCCCUGGAGCUAAGGGAGAUGCCGGUCCCCAGGGAGGCCGUGGUACCGAUGGAGCCCCAGGUGCCCGUGGAGAGGCCGGCAACCCUGGACCCGCUGGUGCCGCCGGCGCCUCUGGCAACUCCGGUCAGGAUGGUGCCGCCGGAUCCAAGGGUAACCCUGGUGCUGCUGGUGUUGCUGGUGCUCCUGGAUUCCCUGGAGCCCGUGGCCCCCCUGGACCUCAGGGCAUUGCUGGUGCACCUGGUCCUAAGGGUAACACUGGUGAGGUUGGUGCUCCCGGGCAUAAGGGAGAGCCUGGUGCAAAGGGAGAGUCUGGUGCUGUUGGAGUUCAGGGCCCACCUGGACCCGCCGGAGAGGAGGGCAAGAGAGGAGCCCGUGGUGAGCCUGGUGGAGCAGGAGCUCGUGGGGCCUCUGGAGAGCGUGGUGCUCCCGGCGGCCGUGGUUUCCCUGGUUCUGAUGGAGCUGGCGGCCCCAAGGGUGCCACUGGUGAGCGUGGUGGACCUGGCCCCGUAGGAGCCAAGGGCAAUACUGGUGAGGCAGGACGCAAUGGAGAGGCUGGCAUGCCAGGAGCCAAGGGCAUGACUGGCAGCCCUGGUAGCCCCGGACCCGAUGGCAAGACUGGUCCCGCUGGAGGUGCUGGACAAGAUGGCCGCCCUGGACCCCCAGGCCAAGCUGGAGCAAGAGGUCAGCCUGGAGUCAUGGGAUUCCCUGGACCCAAGGGCGCUGCUGGCGAGGGAGGCAAGACUGGUGAGAGAGGUCUUAUGGGACCAAGCGGCGGUGUUGGUGCCCCUGGAAAAGAUGGCGAGGUUGGCGCUGCUGGCGCCCCUGGACCUGCUGGACCUUCUGGCGAGCGCGGAGAGCAGGGUAUUGCCGGUCCCGCUGGAUUCCAGGGUCUGCCCGGACCCCAGGGUGCCCCUGGUGAGACUGGCAAGACCGGUGAGCAGGGUGUGGGUGGAGAGGUUGGUGCUGUUGGCCCCGCUGGUGCCAGAGGUGACAGAGGUUUCGCUGGUGAGCGUGGUGCCCCUGGCGCUGCUGGACCUACUGGACCCCGUGGCUCUCCUGGCUCUGCUGGUAACGAUGGUGCUAAGGGUGACGCUGGUGCCUCAGGGGCCCCUGGCGCGCAGGGUGCCCCCGGACUCCAGGGAAUGCCCGGUGAGCGCGGUGCCGGAGGUCUGCCAGGACUGAAGGGCGACAGAGGUGACGCUGGUGCCAAGGGUGCCGGUGGUGCCCCCGGCAAGGAUGGCGUCCGUGGUAUGACUGGCCCCAUUGGUCUCCCUGGUCCCGCUGGUCCUUCUGGCGACAAGGGUGAGUCUGGUCCCUCAGGCCCCUCAGGUCCAACUGGUGCCCGUGGUGCCCCUGGUGAGCGUGGAGAAUCUGGUGCUUCUGGACCUGCCGGCUUUGCUGGUCCCCCUGGUGUUGAUGGACAGCCUGGUGCUAAGGGCGAGGGUGGUGACAAUGGGGCCAAGGGUGAUUCUGGUCUUCCCGGUCCUGCUGGACCUACUGGUGCUCCUGGACCACAGGGUCCCGUUGGUUCCACUGGACCCAAAGGUGCUCGUGGUGCUGCUGGUCCUCCUGGUGCUACCGGUUUCCCUGGUAACGUUGGCAGAGUUGGCCCCCCUGGCCCCGCUGGUAACAGCGGCCCCCCUGGCCCCCCCGGACCCGGUGGAAAAGAGGGACAGAAGGGUAACCGUGGUGACACAGGCCCUGCUGGUCGCACUGGAGAGAUUGGGCCCGCUGGAGCUCCAGGACCCUCCGGAGAGAAGGGUGCCCCUGGUGGUGACGGUCCCUCUGGAACUCCCGGUAUUCCUGGGCCUCAAGGUAUUGCUGGAUCUCGUGGUAUUGUGGGUCUGGCUGGACAGAGAGGCGAGCGUGGUUUCCCUGGUCUCCCCGGCCCAUCUGGAGAGUCUGGCAAACCAGGACCUGGUGGCCCCUCUGGAGAGCGUGGCCCCAACGGCCCCAUGGGACCCUCUGGACUGGCUGGUGCUCCUGGUGAAUCUGGACGUGAGGGUGCCCCUGGUAACGAGGGAGCUGCUGGGCGUGAUGGUCCCGCUGGAGCCAAGGGUGACCGUGGUGAGUCUGGUUCUGCUGGUGCUCCUGGUGCCCCUGGACCCCCUGGUGCUCCUGGUCCCGUUGGCCCUGCUGGCAAAUCUGGCGACCGUGGAGAGACUGGCCCUGCUGGUCCCGCUGGAUCUGCUGGCCCUGCUGGUCCCCGUGGUCCCACUGGUGCUGUUGGUGCCCGUGGUGACAAGGGAGAGGCUGGUGAAGCUGGAGAGAGAGGCCUGAAGGGACACAGAGGAUUCACUGGCAUGCAGGGUCUCCCCGGACCCUCUGGUCAAACAGGAGAGACUGGACCCGCCGGACCUGCUGGCCCUGCUGGACCCAGAGGACCUGCUGGCUCUGCUGGAUCCUCUGGUAAGGACGGUAUGAGUGGCCUGCCCGGCCCCAUCGGACCCCCUGGACCCCGUGGUCGCACUGGAGAAAUCGGACCCGCUGGUCCCCCCGGACCUCCCGGACCCCCUGGACCUCCCGGACCCCCCGGCGGCGGAUUCGACAUGGGCUUCAUCUCCCAGCCCGCCCAGGAGAAGGCCCCCGAUCCCUACCGCCACUACCGCGCCGACGACGCCAACGUUCGCGACCGCGACCUGGAGGUGGACACCACCCUCAAGUCCUUGAGCCAGCAGAUCGAGAACAUCCGCAGCCCCGAGGGCACCAAGAAGAACCCCGCCCGCACCUGCCGCGACCUGAAAAUGUGCCACCCAGACUGGAAGAGCGGAGAGUACUGGAUUGACCCCGACCAGGGCUGCACCCAGGACGCCAUCAAGGUCUACUGCAACAUGGAGACCGGCGAGACGUGCGUGUACCCAACUGAGGCCGACAUUCCCAAGAAGAGCUGGUACACCAGCAAGAACAUCAAGGAGAAGAAGCACGUCUGGUUCGGCGAGACAAUGAGCGACGGCUUCCAGUUCGAGUAUGGCGGCGAGGGUGCCAAGCCUGAAGACGUCAACAUUCAGCUGACCUUCCUGCGCCUCAUGUCUACUGAGGCGUCCCAGAACAUCACAUACCACUGCAAGAACAGCAUCGCCUACAUGGACCAGCAGGCCGGCAACCUGAAGAAGGCCAUCCUCCUGCAGGGCUCCAACGAGAUCGAGAUCAGAGCCGAGGGCAACAGCCGCUUCACGUACAGCGUCACCGAGGAUGGCUGCACGUCACACACUGGCGCGUGGGGCAAGACAGUCAUCGACUACAAGACGACGAAAACAUCUCGCCUGCCCAUUAUUGACAUCGCUCCUAUGGACGUUGGUGCACCCAAUCAGGAAUUUGGCAUUGAAGUUGGCCCAGUCUGCUUCUUGUAAAAAAGAAAUCUGGACUUGAAUUGUUUUUUUUCUAGCAGUCAUCUCUCUAAAACCUUUUCUAUGCAUUAAAAAAAACCUAAAGUUUCAUUCGGCCGCAAAAUGAUCCACUUGCUUAAAACUACAUUUCUGAAGACGAUGUCUGUGUGCGAUCUUUCUGGGCCACUAAUCAACACCUUCAUCAAGGACACUUUAAAAGAACCGUUUGUUUCACUUGCAACAAGAAAAUAAUAUAUACUUGUAAAGUGUAAAAUCCCUCUGGCGUUUGAAAAAAAAAAAGAAGCCCAUAAUGAAUACAGGUGACGUUUGCCAUUUUUUACCACUGUGGAAGGACAAUGAAAAAAAACCAACUGCUUUGUACCGUUUUCAGGUGUUAAAUAAAUUUUAAAAAUGACAGUGAAGUGUCUUGUUGUUCUACCCACGAGGAAAGCAACUAGCGGGACAAUCGUUGUUCUUAAAAGUCACAUAAUUACGAGCCGAGACAGAGGAUCAACCUCAUUUUGAAAUCUUAUGGCUACCUCAGAAAAUUAAUCCAUGUUACGCAGAGUGUUAGCAAAUACCAGAAUAGGUUUUUUACACGGUACAAGUAUCGUGGGGAAAGCAUGCAACAGCUGUAAACGGUGCUAAUUCUUCAUGAGGUCCGUCAGUGUUUAAUGAAACUCAUCUUUUGACAUUAUUUUCACUGAUGCUAAGAGGAUCUUUGGUGCUAAAUUAAUAAAAUAUCUUGUGUCAAAGCAGAACAAAUGUUUUCUUAAUAAAGUGUUGUUUGAAACCUCUACAGUGGAGUUUUACAGAGAAUUACUGUAGAUAUGAUUCAUACAACCUUGUCUGAUGUAGAUUAAACAGGUGGAUUUGUUCAGAGUUUCACAUUUGUUUUUGUUUCACAUUUUCAUCCCACCCACCACUUUUUUUGUUUUUUUAUUCCCCCUUUUGUUGUCCGCACUUGUUCUAGAAGCGCCUCUCGCAUCCCUUGGUUUUUGUUUGUUUGUUAUUUUUCUUUCUUCAUCAGAAGGGUUUUUAAAAAAUUCGAAACCGGGUUUUAAAAAAUGGAAAAGACUUAGAAACCGCCCUUAGAAGCAGACACACUUUGGGGGAAUACCGGAGGAUCUGUACCUAUUUUGUAUGUGUAUAAUAAUUUGAGAUGUUUUUAAUUAUUUUGAAUGCUGAAAUAAAGCAUGUUAAGUGUUCUA